CCGCGCGGGGCCGAGCGGAGACCGAGCGCGAUGGGCCGCCGUCUGCCCUUGUGGCUGUGCGCCGUCGCGGCGCUGCUCUCGGGGGCGCAGGCCAAGGGCACCCCUCUCCUCGCGCGGCCCGCACAGCCCGGUGCCUCCCGCUACAGCCUCUACACGACCGGAUGGCGUCCGCGGCUGCGGCCGGGGCCGCACAAGUCCCUCUGUGCCUAUGUGAUACAUAGGAAUGUAACCUGCGUUCUACAGGAGGGAGCGGACAGCUAUGUCAAGGCCGAGUACAGGCAGUGUGGGUGGGGGCCCAACUGCCCCUCCACAGUCCGGUACCGCUCGGUGCUUAGACCUAGAUACAAGAUUGGCUACAAGACUGUGACAGACCUGGCCUGGCGCUGCUGCCCUGGUCUUACUGGGGAGGGCUGCCCCGAACACCUCACGGACCAUGGAGCUAGCCUACCACACCGGGAGCCGGAGCCCCAGAUUCCUCUGGGGCAGCUGGGCCCAGGUCCCAGGCCUCCUCCUUACAGCAGAGAGGCCCCACACCCCCAUGGAAGAAAAGGCCAAGGGUUGUUUGGUGAGCGACUGGAACAGCUGGAGGGUGAUGUCCGGCGCCUCUCACAAGUAUACGGCACUCUGAGUGGUUUGGCGGCCAGCCGUGAGGAUCCCAAUAGGAUCACUGGUGACACCAGGGCUCCUGUGGCACCUGUAGGCUUUGGGGUCAUCCCUGAGGGGCUUGUGGACCCAGAAGACAGAGGCCGAGGACCGCCCCUACCUCCUCUGGGCGAGAUCCUGAGCAAGGUGAGAGAGGUGAGCCACACAUUACAGACCAAGGCGCAGCUGUUGGACGAGGUGCGAGGGCUGGCCCUGGGUCACGAGGUUCACCUGCAGAGGCUCCGGGACGCGCCCCCCUCCCCGCUGACCUCCCUGGCGCUGCUGGAGGAGUAUGUGGACCAGCGGUUGCAGCGCCUCUGGGGGAACCUGCUGGACGGCUUUGAGCAGAAGCUGCAAGGUGUGCAGAGCGAGUGUGACCUGCGGGUGCAGGAGGUGCGGCAGCAAUGCGAAGAGGGCCAGGCAGCCAGCCAGCGCCUGCACCAGAGCCUGGACGGCCGGGAGCUGGCCCUGCGUCGGGAGCUCUCGCAGCUGGGCAGUCAGGUGCAGGGCCUGACUCUGACUGGCGGGGCCACCUGCUGCAGCCAGCUGGCUUUGAUCGGCGCCCGGGUGGACAGCCUUGAGAGGAACCUACAGGCGGUCACCGAGACCCAAGGCGGCCCCAGCACCCUGGCUGCGGAUGAGCUUGCGCGGCUCUCCGCGGCUGUGCUCCAGGGAGGUGUGGAUGGGCUGCUGGAGGGCCUAGAGACGGUCAACGGGACAGAGACUGGAGCAAGGGGCUGCUGUCUGAGAAUGGAGAUGGGCGGUUGGGGUGUCGGCGGCCUCGGGUCCAUGCUGGAAGAGCGCGUGCAGAGCCUAGAGGAGCGUCUGGCGACUCUGACUGGCGAGCCACGCCACAGCAGUGCCACGCCAGACAGAUCAGCUCGGCCGCUUGUUCAUUCGGAGCUAGCCGUGCUGGAACAAAGACUGGUCUCCCUGGAGACCUCGUGCACUCCGAGUACCACCACGGCCAUCCUGGACAAUCUCGUGGCAGAGGUGAAAGCCUGGCAGAGCCGGAGUGAGGCCCUCCUGCACCAGGUAGCCACUCACACUGCUCUUCUCCAACAGCUCAAUGGCACAGUGGCUGAAGUUCAGGGGCAGCUGGCAGAAGGGACAGGCAGCUCACUGCAGGGGGAGAUCACUCUGCUGAAGGUCAACUUGAACUCGGUGAGCAAGUCACUCACAGGCCUCAGCGACUCUGUCAGCCAGUACUCUGAUGCCUUCCUGGCUGCCAACACGUCCCUGGAUGAACGGGAACGCAGGGUGGAAGCUGAGGUCCAGGCCAUCCAGGAACAGGUCAGCAGUCAGGGCUCAAGGCUUCAGGCUGGCCACAGGCAGGUCCUGAACCUGCGAGGGGAGCUGGAGCAGCUCAAGGCUGGUGUGGCCGGUGUGGCUGGAGGGUUGAGCCGCUGCCGGGACACAGCCCAGGAACUCCAGCACACAGUGGGGCACUUCGACCAGCGGGUGGCCCAAGUGGAGGGAGCGUGUGAGAGGCUGGGCUUACUGGCUGCCCGUCUCAACAGUUUGCCUCCUGAGCAGCUGAGGUCUAGGGAGGGCCUGUGGGGCCACAUAGACAAGCUGAACCACACGCUGGCUCAGCACACACGGGACAUCGCCCGGCUCCGGGAUGACCUGUUGGACUGUAGAGCCCAGCUGGCUGAGGUGAGGCCAGGACGAGCUGACUAGGGUAUCUGGGCAGAAUCUAAAGCCCAGACCCCACCAACCCAGGGAAUAUCAUCCCAGAGACCGACCUUACCCAGAAGUACCUCCCAACCCUCCCUGGCCAGCCAGAGGCCACUGGAUGAAUAGCCUUGGUCCAGCUCAGCGUGACUGUCUCAGCCAUCAGAAGUCACCCUAAGAGCUGCAGCCUGAACAGUUCAGGGUAACAGUCAAGGCAAGCUGCACAAGAGGCUGUCUCAGGAGUCAAGGCAAGGACGUCAUGCCUGAAGACCGAGCUAGGCUUCGGAGACGGCGCUGCCAUCUUGUUUAGACACACUGGAGUUCGCACCUGUGCAGUCUCCAGACAGAAUCUCAGACAAGCCUGUCUACUGUCCCCUUUAUCAACCAGGGACCAGCCAUGGCACUUGGAGGAAUCUCUUGCCUUAGAUCUCUGGAUGAGGUUUCUGCAGGAAGAUGAUGCCCACUGGACCUAUCUGGCAGUUUCAUAGGUGCUAUUUCUGAACUAGAGACCAGCGGCUGCCUGAGGUUCCCAACUCCCCACACCUCCCUCAGGACAGAACGAAAGCCCAGCAGCCCAGCCGAGAGUUCUCUGUAUUCCUUUUGAUCUUGCCUCAUGAUGAGGGUGUAGGCAGCUUCGGAAUCCCAAAGAAAAGGGAUCCAGAUGUUUGAAGACCCCACCCCAAUUUAUUUUAUCUUGCAAAUAUACCCACAUGGUCCUCUCCAGUUAGGGGGGAACCUCUCCUCACCACCCAGGUCAGUACCUCUUGCCAAGAGCAGCCUUAGUCUGUUGAGGCAGACCCUGAGAAAGGGGCUGUAGCUGAAUGAAAAGAAGUCUAAGCCUUGGUGGGGUUUUGUAUGCCUCGCCAGGUUAAAAAACUGGAGAGAAGUUGGGGGUAGGAAGCCGUCAGGGAACAACUGGAAAACACAGGCACUUAGAGAGACUGACCAUGUCUGCUGAGGCUCCUGGCCUCAGUUUCCCCCAAUGCAACCUGGGCCUGCUGUGCUGUUUGUUCCCCCACAGCCCUACAUUCUGAAGGCUUGUGGACAUAGAGGGUUUGUCCUCUGCUCUGACGUGGUUGGAAAACAGGUUGAAGAUUAAAUCUUUUAACUGGUCUAAGGGUGCUUUCUUCAUUAGCAGGAAUGAAGUGUCACUCUGUGUCCCAUUGUGCCUUGGGUGACUGCUUACUCAGCCAGCUGGGCACUAGACUGAGCAGCAGGAGCCUGGAUGGUCGGCACCAGGGCAGUGGUCUGACAGAGA